AUGGAUCCGGCUGAUAAAUCAAAGACGGCGUUUGUUAUACGAAAAAGUCUGUUCCAGUUCAAUGUUUUACCCUUUGGUCUGUGCAACGCGCCGGCGACAUUUGAGCGUCUAACGGAGACCGUGCUAUCGAAACUCCAAUGGGAAGUAUGCUUAAUCUACCUCGAUGACAUUAUCGUCCAUGGCCGUACUUUCGAUGAGUGUCUGAAGAACCUAGACAGUGUUUUUGGGCGGGCGGUUAGCGGAAGCGGGUCUGAAGCUGAAACCCCGAAAGUACCCUGUCCAGGAAAGGGGAUUUGCGGCGCCAUAUUGAAAGGCAACAUCCGUCCAAGGCCCUCGACCUUACCUCGCCUAAAAAAACGGCGCUCGACCUCUUCGACGUCGGCAGUGACAAGUGCAACCACGACUGUCACACCAGCGAAGGCAGCGAAGGCUACGCCAGCUACCACGGUCACGGCGAACAAUGCAGCUGCUGUUUCUGUGGUGCAAGGGAAUGUUGAAGAAGCGGCGGAACUGUCCAUCGGGGCAGAUCCUGACAUAUCUAUGAGGGCGUUUAUUGUUAAUGCCUGUGUCGUAUCACCUUUGCGACAUCCCACACCAGUUAAGUGGGCAGCGGAACCUAAGAAAGUUGUGGAGGAGGCAAAAGAUGAGGAGAGCAGAGGGAAGGAGCGACACGUUGAUGCCACCGAUGUGUCUGUUCAGUGUGACAUCAUGAGAGUCAAGCGGCAUCGCCGGGAGGAAAGCACGAUAGGGACAACCACUGGACCAGAUGGGGAAACAACGGUGACGCGGUCGUGCCACAUUAUUGAAUGGGAGGAGUGUGAGUAA